AUGCCAACAACCAGCAGACCCCUCCUCCUCCCGCAGAACCGGAGAUUGCGCCACCUUCGCGGCGUCUACCUGCGAAACCUGAGCCUCACCAAACCCCACGGGCGGACGAUUGACGAUGCCGCCAUAAACAAGUCGCCGGCCAAGCUCGACUUGGUGCGGGAGACGGGCCAGUUGCACCACGCACACAGCACAGAGGCUCUGAAGAGCAGUACAACCGCCGCGACGGGCGCAGCGGGACCGUCGUCGCCCCGCCUGCGACGCCGCAGCACGGGCCUGGCCAAUGCGAAUCCUGUUACCCGGCAGAAGCAGCUCGAGUAUGCGGUCGAGUCCAGGUUGGCCGAUGUGUUCUUCUCGUUACAUUGCGAUGCCGCCACGGAGCCCGUUUACAUUAGUGAGGUUGGGGAGAGGGCCUCGAACUUCAACUUUGAACUCUUCGAGCUCAGUAAUUUGAGCCCAGCGGUUACGCGAUCUUCACAUUUGACGGUCAAGGUCUGGGCAAAACGACGACAGUCCUGGACGUUCCUCCUCGAAGACGAUGUCGACCUCCGAGCGCUCAGCUUUGUCGGCACAACCCUCCAGAACAUCCACAUGCCCUCGAACUGCCUCAUCUUCCACCUCGUCGACGGCAUCUACACCUAUGGCAUGUCGACAAAGACCGCGCCUCCGAAACAAGUACCAGCCCUUGCGACGUCGUCAUACAAUGCGCUUAUGAAGCUCUGCACGCUGGAGAAUUCGGUGCAGGAUGCGUUGGUCGCGCAGGAGGAGCUGUCGGCCCGGAUCGACCAGGCUCUCGCGCAGAUGUCCGAUGCUCCAGUUGCUGAAGAGGAGGAUAAGCUCCAGCUGGCCCGAAGAUACCUCAGGAAACAGGAGGCUGCCGUUGCAGCGGCCAAGAAUCGCCGUGAGGAGCUCCGACGGUCGAUCCAGGCCCGGAAAGAAGCUAUCAAGAUGGGCAGGGAGCUGCAGGAACAAGCACGCAGGGAUGUUGAAAACGCGACGGAUCAUUUGGCAGCGUCGCAGGACAUCUUGGCGCAGACAAAGGAGAGCAUCCACGGCCAGCGGCGGCGCAUAUGUGAAGACCUCAUCAAAAUCUUCCCUAUAACAGAGGCGCCGUCCGGCCAGCCCCUCUCCUUCCAAAUAUGCGGCGUCCCGCUGCCCAACACAAUAUAUGACCCCACGUUGCGGUCUGGUGCCAAGGGCGGCGUCGCGGCGGCCGAAGAUACGAUAUCAGCCGGGCUUGGUUACGUGGCGCAGCUGACACAUGCGCUACAAUCUUAUCUGGGUGUGGCUCUGCCGUAUCCCAUAACGCCAUUCGCCUCGCGGUCGAGCAUCCGCGACGACAUUAGUAUGCUGCCGGAUCCGUCGCGUGACUUUCCACUCCACGUGCCACGUGGCGGGUCGAGCGCCCAGUACAGGUUUGACUACGGCUGGUUCCUGCUGAACAAGGACAUUGAGGUGCUCUGCACUGCACAGGGGAUCCGCGUCGUUGACAUACGGCACACGCUACCCAACCUCAAGUACCUGCUCUAUGUGUGCAGUGCGGGUAGAAACGAGCUGCCAGAGCGCAAGAAGGGCGGCAUCAGGGGUCUCUGGCACGGCCAGGGGCUGCUUAGCCGGGGCGUGGCCAGUAGCGUCGACCUCUCGGACCCGGGAGGUGAUGGGAGCGCGGCGGGGAGCAGUCGGAGAGGCAGUACUGACAGCGAGGUAACUGCCAGGCACAGGGAUGAACUCACAAAGUCAUUGGCGGACGGCACCGAUAUAAGACCGCCGUCACAACGUUCGUCGGGAGGCGGAAUGGGCUAUGGCGAAAGUCCCAAGACGACUCUUUUGUUGCGGACGAAAGGGUUGCGUGGUGAGGCAGUGAAGUAA